UCAAUCUGUUACAACCUGUCUUUUCGACAGGAGUUCUACGAGAGUGCAAUAAGGUAUGAUUGGAUAAUAUUCAGCUUAUUGAGUUUCAACCAACCUGGCAUGGCUCUUACACUGGGAUGGUUCUUAUUAUUACACUUGAGUUUCUGCACGGCAUGGAUGGACGAGAGACCCGUUCUCGAAUCUCGAGAUGGACAUCUCAUAAUUUCUAGCGCAAAAGAUAGAAAUAUUACUCUGAAGAUAACAGGGGGCGGUUACAUGAAUGUCAAUGAGAUCAAUCUACUUCAUGUAGCAUCGGCGGCGCAAAAUGCGACGCGGGUCAUUGACAGAUGGCGGAUGGGAUACUUGGCUGAGAUGGAGAGCUCUCUUCACCAGUUAACGACUAUAGUGACAGGCUCCACAGGUUUACAGAGAAGAGUCGCUCUUCUCGAGAGGAGCAUCGACGUGAACGGCACGAGUCGCGUAGGAAAUAGAUCACGCAUAUAUCCGAGUUUUAAUCCAACCAGAAACACCAUUCGUCGAAUCAACUUUCGACUUAAAGCAUUAGAAGAUUCACUAAGAGCUAUGCAAACGCUGCUCCGAGAGAAUGAAUGCCAAAGUAAUCCGUGUCAAAAUGGCGGUACAUGCGAGGAUCUCUUUGAUGCCUAUCAGUGUCAUUGCCCAUCAAAUUGGGAGGGCCCGAAUUGUAUGACGGACGUCAAUGAAUGCGCAAGAUUUCUUGGUACGGAACUUGGAUGUCAAAAUGGAGCAACGUGUCGCAAUUUGCCUGGAUCUUAUCGAUGCGACUGCUUGCCGGGAUGGUUCGGUCUUCAUUGCACGCAGAAAACAUCGAUUUGCAAUACAGAGAAUUCUGAAGCGCUUUGCGGCGAGCACGGUGUGUGUGUCGCCAAAAGUUCUCCGCUAGGCUAUACAUGCAUUUGCGACCAAGGAUGGGAGAGCGAUGGUGCGAGCCCAGCUUGCACCAAGGAUGUAGAUGAAUGCGCGGCGUACCAUCCACCCUGUUCUGUAAACCCACCGGUAUCGUGUCACAAUACCCGCGGCUCAUUCACCUGCGGCGCUUGUCCGCACGGUUACAGCGGAAAUGGCUAUUAUUGUACCGACAUUGAUGAGUGUCUGAUUAACAAUGGUGGUUGCAGUACCUCGCCUUACGUGCAAUGCAUGAACACGAUGGGUUCUAGGGUGUGCGGGGCCUGUCCUUCAGGAUAUCGCGGUGAUGGUGUCAGUUGCAUUUUUGUCGGCGGUUGCGCCAUCAAUAACGGCGGAUGUCAUCCGUUAGCUAUAUGUAGCGAAAAUCCAUCGCUUACAAGUUCUUAUGUUCUAUGCCGUUGUCCACCGGGUUACGUAGGUAAUGGAAUGGGACCAAACGGUUGUCAGUUAGCUGAUGUAUCAGUUAAUACAGCGUGUUCUGUCAACCCCUGUGUGCAUGGCACAUGUGUGCCAAACGGUGCAAAUGGCUUCACUUGCACAUGCAAUCCAGGAUAUUCAGGAACAACAUGUAACACACCGACCGAUCCGUGCUCGCCGAAUCCAUGUCGAAACAAUGGUAUUUGCAACGUUUUAAACGGACAAGCAACGUGUCAGUGUACAUCUAGCUAUACGGGAAACAGGUGCGAGACACAGCGGCAAACAUGCGGCGGUGUGUCACGCAAUCCUAUGGGAACACUUCAAUUUCCCAUGGGUGGUAGCACUUAUCAGCACGGAUUGAGCUGCGCUUGGGUUUUAAUUACGGAAUCUUCUAAAGUUUUGAACGUCACCUUCACGGCUUUCAAUCUUGAACAGUCCACAGAUUGCAAGUUUGAUUUUCUACAGAUUCAUGAUGGCAGGAAUGCUGGUAGUCAAAUGAUUAAUAGAUUUUGUGGUCAGACAUUGCCUAAUGGAAACGGAAAUAUCAUUUCGUCCCAUAAUACCCUCUACUUGUGGUUCCAUUCGGACAGCAGUGUAUCUAAUGAUGGAUUUACUUUUCAUUGGAAUAGCAUCGAUCCUGUUUGCGGAGGUGUUUUAGAGGAUAAUUAUGGCACGAUUAUGUCUCCAGGCUCGCCAGGAAGAUAUCCUCCAAAUAGGGAUUGUUUCUGGAGAAUUUCCGUUGCAUUAUCAAAAAGAAUCCAGUUUCAUUUUGGUCAACUGAUGCUUGAAGAACAUUGCGAAGCCGAUUAUGUAGAAAUUACAGGUAUGGAAGAAGAACGUUUAGGGUUUUUCUGCAAUCACACUCGUCCACCACCUCUUAUCACACCCAGUUUUGAAGCGACCGUUCAUUUUCAUUCUGAUAAUGUUGGUCAAGACGUCGGUUUCCAAAUCCAUUAUUCGACAAUUGAAGGUUUUCCUGGUUGCGGUGGGGUUUAUACAAGUGCAACUGGAACGAUCAAUUCGCCCGGCCAUUCGUCGUCGGGUUAUCAACCGAAUAUGGUAUGUGAGUGGAAGAUACAAAUGCCAGCAGGCGAACGAAUCAGAGCAUCAUGGUUGCGAUUUAAUCUUGAACAAUCUUCCAGUUGUCAUUUUGAUUUUGUUGAGAUUUACGAUGGACCUGACAGAUUUUCCCGGUUACUUGGUAGAUACUGCGGAUCGGAUAUGCCGCCAACAAUUAAGUCGAAUACAAACACGUUAGUUGUGAUCUUCGAAUCCGAUUGGUCUUAUGAAUUUGAAGGUUUCACAAUGUCUUAUGAAACUUUAUGCGGCGGCGAAUUCCAUGAAGAGACCGGAAUUCUCAAGUCACCCUUCUAUCCAAACAUUUAUCAUGGUGCAAGAACAUGUAUUUACGAGAUUAUACAAUCACCGAAUAAAGGAAUCGUAUUAACCAUAGAAGAUAUGGAUAUCGAAGGUAGAGAACCACCGAAUUGUUACUUCGAUUACAUCGAGAUUUACGAUGGUUAUGAUGAAAAUGCAAAGAAACUUGCUACGUUAUGCGGCGAUGAAGAUUACAUUCCAGACAGCCCGUAUUAUUCUACACAUAAUAUUAUGUAUAUAAAAUUCACAACCGACAACAGUAUCGAGGGUCGAGGCUUCAAAGCUAACUACACAACCAUCGAUCGCAGAUGCGGCGAAUUGCUAACAAAAUCACCCGGAGUGAUUAGGCCUCCCAUUGAAAGUGGAGUUUAUGCCGAUAACGAAGAAUGUAUUUGGACUAUUCAAGCACCGCCAGGAUUCGUAAUACAACUUGCUUGGCUGUCAUUUAAUUUGGAAUCUCAUUAUAAUUGCAACCAUGAUUAUGUCAAAAUUUAUGAAAACUAUACUUCACCUACUGAAAAUAUAAUAGCCACAUAUUGUGGUAAUACUAAACCACCUGACUUAAUGACACAAAAUCGCACACUUACUAUAUUGUUCCACACCGAUUCAAGCAUUACACUAGAUGGAUUUGUCGCCACAUAUAUUUUCGCAGACGUUACAAAAGUCUGCGGCGGUCGCUAUUCGAAACCGAAUGGCGUUAUUAGAUCGCCAGGAUAUCCUGAGUAUUAUCCGAAUCAGAAGGAUUGCGUUUGGAUUAUUGAAGCGCAAAACAGACACAAAAUUACGCUCACGAUUAAUCAAUUUGAAUUGGAGAAACAUACGACUUGCGGAUUCGAUUACUUAGAAAUUAGAAACGGUGGAUAUGAUUCCGCACCAUUAAUCGGCAAAUUUUGUGGCACAGAAAUACCCACUGAAAUACCAAGUCAAACCAAUCAAAUGUACAUUAGAUUUGUCUCGGAUUUCUCGAGAUCACUACAAGGUUUUGAGAUACAAUGGGACAGCACCACGGAAGGAUGCGGUGGUACGAUGACAACUGUCACUGGCGAUAUUAUGUCUCCAAAUUACCCAGAGUCUUAUUCAGCGAAUGCAGAUUGUUACUGGAAGAUAGCCGUGGCAGCGGGCAGUUUGGUGCAACUCGUAAUAAUCGAUUUUGACCUCGAGGAUCACUCAAAGUGUCGAUAUGAUUUUAUCGAAAUAUCUGAGGGUAUCAGUCAUCGUACAAAUGGAAAACGUUACUGCGGUACCACGUAUCCACAUAUUAUUCAAUCUAAAUCCAAUCUACUGACCAUUCGAUUUCGCAGUGACUUUAGUAAUUCCGCUCGCGGUUUCCAUCUAAAAUACGAAACGCAGUGUCACAAUAAACUACACGGCUACUACGGUGUAAUAGAAUCACCGAAUUUUCCUAAUAAAUAUGAGCACUCGAUAAAUUGUAGUUGGAUAAUCGAGGCUCCAAUUGGCAAUACGAUUAAUCUAACUUUCUCACACUUUGAUCUCGAAAGAGGCACACUGGACACUUGCACAUAUGACUAUUUGUUAAUUAUGGAAGGCGACGAAGACAAUCCCAACACAGAGUUAAAUCGAUUCUGCGGGACAGAAUUUCCAUCGAAAAUUAGUUCGACGCAACAUCAAGUGUUUAUAACAUUUAUCACGGAUUCCUUUAUUGCCUUUAAUGGCUUUCGACUCGAAUGGACGGUGCAUGGUUGCGGUGGACAUUUAAGUAAGCCGUACGAUACAUUCACAUCACCCGGAUAUCCAUCUGGUUAUCCAACGAAUAUCGCUUGCGAAUGGUUAAUUGAAGUAGAUUAUAUGCACAGCGUAGAACUCACUUUUCAUGAAAUAAAUACUGAAAAACGGAAAGGUUGCUUAUUCGACAAACUGCAGAUUUAUAGUGGCGACGAUGCAGACGCGCCGAUAUUGGCCGAACUUUGUUUUUCAGAGAAACCAAUAAUUUACACUAGUCCUGGAAACAAAAUGUUUAUAAAAUUCCAGUCGGAUACGUCUUAUGCUGGUCGAGGGUUCAACGCUAGUUAUAAAAGCGUUCCUAUCGAGUGUGGCGGUAAAUUUACAACAGAUUCGGGUAUUAUUCAUUCGCCUAAUUAUCCGCAAAAUUAUCCGCAUGGUCAAAAUUGCGAGUGGCUGCUAGAAGUCGACAGCAAUCAUGUUGUGAAUCUCACCUUCCUAGACUUUGAUAUGGAGAAUAGUAGAAAUUGCACUGAUGAUUUCGUUAAGAUCUUUGAUGGACCAACGAAGAAUCAUCCAUUACUAGCAACGCAUUGUCACACUCAAUUGCCACCGUCCUACGUUUCGACUGGCAAUCAGAUGUUAGUAGCCAUGCGAACCGAUAAUAUAAUUUCAGCCAAAGGUUUCAAAGCUCAGUAUGUUAAAGCCUGCGGUGCUCGUAUAACCGUGAAAGAUCACGGUUUCCUUACGUCCUCGAGUGGAUAUAGCAUUAAUCAACACGACGAAGCUAAUUGUACGUGGACGUUGAUAGCUGAGAAUCCAGGCGAUCACGUGACAGUUACCUUCACACAUAUGGAGAUCGAUCCACUCGAACUUUCCACAUGGGACACCACUUUAGGUCCCUGUUCUUGGGAUUACAUUCAAGUAUUCGAGGGUGAUAGUACAGAUGGGCCGCUUUUAGGAAAAUGGUGCAACAAUGUCACACCGCCGCCGAUUACAAGCACCGGAAACUCACUCACGCUGCAUCUAUUUGUACGUUACGAAUUUGCUGGCCACUUCGUCGCUAGCUAUUCUGUUCUGAAUACAGCAUGUGGCGGAAACUAUACUUCUGCGCAAGGCACAAUCACUUCGCCGGGUUAUCCAAACAGCUAUCCAUUAAACGCAGAGUGCAUUUGGAUAUUGAAUACAUCCCCCGGCAAUAGGAUCACUCUUUCAUUUUCCGAAUUUAAUAUCGAAUCGAGCGAGAAUUGCGAUCUGGAUUAUCUCGAGAUACGAGAAGACAGCGGAAUUGGAAAACUCAUUAGUGUUUCCUGUGGAAAAGAUGUCGCGACAAUUACAUCUUCGAGCAGACUAUGGAUUAAGUUUAAAAGUGAUAGCUCAGGCACCGCCAAAGGUUUUGUUGGCGAGUAUAAUUUUAUUUUUGGGAACGAACUUGAGGGGCCUACGGGACGCAUUACCUCGCCGUUGUAUCCGAUGGCUUAUAGGCGUACAGAUAAGUUUUCCUGGCGUAUCACCGUCGAAAUGGAUUCAGUCAUACGCAUCGAAUUCACAGAUUUGCAAAUAGAAAAUAUCGGAACAUCAUGUUUCUCUAGAGUCGAGAUAUACGAUGGGUAUGAUAAUGAAGCAACAAGUCUGUUAAAAGUAUGCGGCUAUACUCUGCCAGAUCCAAUACAGUCGUCCAGCAAUGUGAUUUACAUCACGAUGUCAACUAAUUUUCUUAGACAAGGAAGUUGGUUCGAUCUCACGUGGCUUCAAAUACCAAGAGAUAUUUCUCAAGAUAAUAAAGAGAUCAAAUUGUCAGAUUGUAACAAAGAAAUAGCUUUAAUGGGUCAGCGCAACAACUCAUAUGCCUUCAGCUCUCCUGGUUGGCCAACCGGUUAUGAUGCCAAUCUACAUUGCAACUGGGUUUUCACAUCGCCACCCGGCACGCAUUUGAGAUUGAGAAUAAUAUCCAUGGAUUUAGAAGAAACUAACGAUUGCAUAGCGGAUUCGGUUUCCGUUUAUUCCGGAUAUGCAUUGACAUCCACGAACAAUGCUAAUCUGCUAAGUAGAUUAUGCUUAUCAAACUCCUCCUGGGUUCAAAUCAAAGGGUCCAAUAUAAUGACAGUGAAAUUCGAGUCAGAUUCGUUUAUUAAUAAGACUGGCUUCAACGCAUAUGUGUAUCGAGAUUGCGGAGGUAAUUUGACUGAUCCCAAUGGCGUGAUUGAAUAUGACAAUGCCACUUUCACGAGAGCGAUUCGCACAUGGCGUUUCACUUGUGAAUGGCUUGUGACGGUGAAACCCGGUAGAACAAUUAAAGUCGAGAUUACCGAUAUGUCGAUACAAGAAGCAUCUGAUCAUUCAUGUAGCGAUAAUUAUGUACUGCUAAAAAAUGGAGAUGGAAUGCUUUCGCCUCUGUUAGGCGAUGGAAAAUAUUGUGGCCAUGUAACACCACCGGAACUAGAAACCACUGGAAAUCGUCUUUAUGUUAAAAUUACUGGUACAGGUUUUCAAUAUCGCUUGAAACUCACUUACAGAGAAGUAAGUAUGAACUGUGGUGGUCAGUUUAUCUUCACAAGUACAAACAACAGAUGGACAAUAUCAUCCCCCAACUAUCCAAAUAUUCCUCCUACCUAUACUGAAUGUACCUGGACAGCUAUUGCUCCAGCUGGUGAAAGGCUUUCUAUUCAUUUCUUGGAUAGAUUUGAUUUAAGUUAUUCCGAAAACUGUGAAAGAGAAUAUAUUGAAAUAAGGGAUGGCGGAACUGAUAAUUCAAAAUUUAUGGGAAGAUAUUGCAAGGACAUAGCACCCAGUAGUAUAAGUACCACUGGCAACAUGAUGUAUGUUUACUUUUAUACGGAUUUACCAGAACCCAAAAAUGGCUUUAAAGCUGCAAUUGUUUCAGGAGAGAUUUGUGGUGGUAUUUUGCGCGGAACCAGUGGCAUUAUCACAUCUCCGAAUUAUCCGUAUCGUUAUCCUGUAAAUCAGACUUGCACCUGGUUGCUAGUAGGACCGACAGAUCAUACUAUGAAAUUACAAUUCCGCGAUAUACAGCUUCCUGGUUUUCGUCAAUGCGAUUCGACCGACCACGUAAAAAUUGCAGAAAAACUUGCAGAAAAUGAUACGACCUCAGAAAUUGGAACUUACUGUGGUCUUCAAAAACCAGAUAUAAUUGAGACAUCGACAAAUGAAGCAUAUGUAUAUUUCCAGAGUGAUAAUAGGGAGUACAUAAGUUACAGAGGGUUCAGUUUAAACUUCACCACUAGUCAAGAAACAUGCGGCGGUUUAUUAACGGCAAUGAGUGGAAUAAUUAAGUCACUCGGAUAUCCUAAUCCACGCACACGACCAAGACAUUGUAAUUGGCGAAUUAAAUUACCGGUGGGUUAUCAAGUGGUGGUAAAUAUUUUGGAUGUAGACAUCGUUGACGACUCUGGACCUACACAAGUGGGUUAUGCACUUUCGUUUUAUAACGAUUUCAGCUUUAAAUCAAAGAUCAAAGUCUUAGGACAAAGUGCUAGUACAGAAGAGAUUAGAAGCUCCAGUAAUACCAUGAUUGUCAACUAUUGGUCCUCCGCAGGACACCGAGGCUUCAAACUUCGAUACACAGCUCAAGCCCCAGCCCCUUGUGGUGGAAAUCUCAGACAACUUGAAGGCAAUAUAACAGGUCCUACAAGUUUACCGUUUAAUCAAACCUCAUAUGUCUGCUACUGGAUAUUAGAACCACCUGAAAGUAUGGUUGGUUCUAUCUAUGACAACCGCUUGACAUUAACAAUAAAAGUCACCGGCUAUUUAGGCAGAUCUGAAAAUCGUUUGGGUAUUAUUAGAAAAAGAUGCAUCUUUCCUCAAUUCAUCGAACUUCAGGAUGUUGGAUCAUUAUGUGGGAAUAUAACGGAACCAAGAUAUUUAAGAAGCCCGAAAAUGAUCAAUAUGUUGACGAUAAUGAAUGGCACUUAUGGAGAACGUACUAAUUUUAAUCUACAAUAUCAAUGGCAAGCUUGUGGUGGUAUUUUGAAUGGUUUAACUCAUACCAUCAGACCGCCAAAGGAUAUUUCUUAUCCAAUAAACUGUGUUUGGCAUAUUAAUUAUCCUGAUGGCGAAACAAUCAAACUGACUUUUACCAAACUUGAACUAGAAAGCAAUUGUGAUAAGAACUAUCUCAUUGUCAAAAAUGGUGGAGCGACAGCGCCGCAAAUUGCAAAGCACUGCUUGCAUACUGCAAAUCAACUUCAGAAAUAUAAUAUAAGCAGUAUAUCGAAUCAGUUGUGGAUAGAAUAUUACGCGUCGGAAAAUCGAAGCGAUUUCGAAAUUAAUGUGGAACCUGUCAACACAGGCUGUGGUGGAUCAUUAAGCGGUCGCAGUCGCGAAAUUGCAUCACCCGAAUUUCCCAAACAAUAUCCAAACAAGAGUGAGUGUAUAUGGGAAAUAAUGGGCGACAAUGGAUAUUCCAUAGGCUUAACUUUCAUCGAUCGUUUCAGUUUGGAGACUAGUUCUAAUUGCGAGAAAGAUUUUGUGCAGGUAUUUGAUUGGAUCAUGGCAGAAGGAAAUGGCAAUGGUGAAUGGAAGAGUCUCGGCAAGGUUUGCGGCAGAAACACACCUACGCCCUUUAACUCGACAUCGAACCGCAUGAAGGUGAUCUUUCACUCAGACGAAGCAGUACAAUCGGACGGAUUCCGUGCCGUCUGGAACGAAAAUUGCGGCGGUAUUUUCAAAGCGACCGAAAGAGUUAACAUCAUCCAAUCGCCGUCGUAUCCAAACUUAUAUCCACCAAACGCGUUCUGUAAUUAUACCAUCGUCGCGCCAGACGAGGACAUUAUCGUCGAGUUCACUGACUUUCAACUCGAGCGCGGUCGCGGUGAUUGUCGCUUUGACAAUGUCACGAUCACAUCGGAAACUCUGUAUAUGGACAGUAUAGAAAGUGACAGUUAUUGCGGCAAUAACAAACCGCCACUUCUAAAAUCUAUCUCAUCUCUACAAAUUAUCUUCAUGACGGAUAAAUAUUCGUCGCGAAGUGGCUUCCAAUUUAAAUAUUUUCUCAAUAAAUGCGGUGGUAUAAUAACACACCCAACCGAACUUAAGCCCUUGAUGCAUGGAGAGGAAUAUUUCGGCCGUAUGAAUUGCACUUGGAUCAUUAAAGCGCCGCAAGGAAAGAGCAUAGUUGUACGAUUCGAAAAGUUUGUCCUCGAGUUCAGUACAAGCUGCUACUUUGACAACGUCGCCAUUUAUGAAGGUGCUUUGGUUAAAUCUGAUAAACGAAUAGCUCUGGUUUGCGGAAACUUGACCGAACAUUUGCCAAUAUUUAAAUCCGAAUCCAAUUCCAUGGUCGUCAAUUUUAAUGCUGAUAGCUCAAGACAUUUCGCGGGUUUCACAGCUAAAGUGCUGUUUACAACAAGUCCAGUUGAUGGUUGCGGAGAAUUUAUCAAUAUGACCUCCGUCCAAGAUAAAUCAUUUAAAACUCAGCAGGCGGCAACUUAUCAAUCAUUUGAAGAGUGCCAUUGGACGGUGGUUACAUCGCCAGGCAAAACUAUUAGAUUUACUAUCAAUAGUAUGGAUAUAAAAAAUUCAACUAUUUUUAAUCAGUCUAUUUCCGUCAAUCAAAGUGAUAAAUGUAACGGUGAUUACCUCGAAGUUCGAGAUGGUGCUGGACCGUAUGCCGUACUUUUAGGACAGUUUUGUGGAAAUGUAUUGCCAUUUCCUAUAAUAUCUACAUCAAAUAUGUUAUGGAUUAGAUUUUAUAGCGAUGGCACUAAUGAAGGUGCAGGUGCAACGGGCACUUUAAAUGUUGUUAAUGCAUUGUGUGGCCUAAAUACUCGAGUAGUAAACGAAACAGUGCAGAUACUCACUUCUCCAGGUUAUCCAAAUACGCAUACAACUGGAAUACAGUGUCGUUGGAUUUUGCGACAUCCUGAUAAAUAUACUGAUAGACUGCGAAUUCGAUUUAUAGAUUUCGAUAUGACGAACUCUAACAAAUGCGAGGAUGAAUAUUUAGAAAUUAAUGAACAGUCAAAAUACAUAAACGAAGGCUUCGGAUCAGACUUUAUUUAUAAUGGCAUACAGCAACAUCCGAUAAGCGUCGAGAUGGGCAGCCAUUUUCCUGUCUCCUCAUACAAAUAUUGCGGCAGCGAAACGCCACACGACUAUUACAGUUAUGGCGACAGCAUUCAACUAACUUUUAAAUCGCUGUCGAAUGAUCAUAAAGGUUUUAAAUUGGAGUACAGUACAGCGAAUUGCGAUCGAAAUUAUACGAGUGAACAAGGACGUAUCUUUCAUCGCGGAUUUACGAACUGCUGGAUUACAAUUACCGCCCCUCAAAAUCACACCAUUUCUUUGUAUUUCAAUCAAUUUAACAUUUACGAUACAGAACAUUGCACGCGGAACGCAUUGCAGAUUCAUGAUGGUACCUCCAGUGGACCGCUCAUAAGGACUAUGUGCAGCAUAGCUACGCCAAGUCCGAUUUUCAGCACUGGCAAUAAACUCACCCUGCACUCCUGGACCACGGAUUUCAAUUCUUAUCAAAGUUAUGACAUCAUUUACACGACCACGGAUGCAGGUCGAGGUUGCGGCGGUCGCAUAUUCAAUUACGGCGGUAAAUUCACCUCGCCGUUGUAUCCCAAUGUAUAUCGCAACAAUACCCUAUGUACUUGGGAUGUAAGCGUGCCACGAGGCUUCAAGAUCAUUCUUGAGUUCACUGUCUUCGACCUCGGCACGAACAAAAACUGUGGCAAUAAUAAUGUCAAAAUUUAUGAUGUUGUUCCUAGCGGUGAACUUUUACGUAGCACUUUUUGCGGCGGGGAUGAUCCAGCAAGAUUGGAGAUUGAUACUGAUCGAAUUCUUGUUAAAUAUACUUCGACAAUGAACAACAUUGGAACAGGAUGGGUUAUUUCGUUUAUGGCACAAUCUGCUGUUCAUCCCAUCAAUAUAAUCGACGGCUGGUAAGAGGACUCUUAAGAGACUGUAAAAAGUGAUGUUUAGAAAUUCAAAAUUUAAUGUCAGAGAAAUGUUUUUCUCAAAUUUAUAUAUAAUUAACUGUAAAUAAGCAAAAUAAAUAAUAUCGCUUGAUAUAGCGCAUGAUUCAUUUGAUGUGAUCAAAU